AUGAGUGAGGCUAAGAAGAAGUUACUGGGUCUCUUUCGGAGUCGAAGCACUUCGGAGAGGCCGUCCAAAGAUUCCCCAGAUUAUGAAGAUGAUCGUAGGUCUACCCGGAGACCCUCAACUAGCAGCCAUAGAAGAGAUCAUUCCCCGCGGUCGCACAGCGAAGCUUCACCACCGUCCAAGGGAGAGCGCCGUCACAAGCACCGAGAACGACGCAGCGAGGGUCACAGAGAGAGGCACAAAGAUGGGCAUCGGGAUGAUCGACGUCGUAGAGAAGAAGAAGGGGACGGUCGUCGGAUGUCUAUCGCAAGCCAAGUGCCUCCGAUCUCAUACCCAGCUCCUCUGACGGAAUGGCCCCCAGCAGGCCUGCGUCGUGAUGCCCUCUCACAGGGAAAGGCCAUGGAACUCAUCGCAAAUGGGGCGCCGGCGUUUAAGGGUAGCAGACGUACAAUAGCACAUUCUUCUGAAGAGUAUUACAAUCUAUUCGCGGUAUGUGAGGGAAACGGACCUGCAGGGACCGAUUGUGGUGAGCCAUUUAAUGGGAGAUAUACGGUCAACUCAUUCCGACUCCAAGGCCCCGAACCUGCUGAGCACCCAUGGGAAACUUUAGAGCAACCAAGCAUGGCCUUUUGUUAUGGUCCAAGACCGGGAACAUGCACACUUACUUAUUGGGUGGGGUUAUCUGGAAAUCCUAGUCCACCUAUUGAGUUGAGAGAACCAGACAUGCGGCCCCGAGAAGUUGAGCUUUCCACAAUAUUGGAUCGGUUAAGGUAUCUUGAAGGGGGCUUUGAAGAAGACUACGAAGACCUGAUGUAUACUAAUCUCUAUAAGAAAUUGCUCAAAGACCCGGACAAGCUGUUAAGUCCACAUAAGGGCAUGGAGAAACAAAUUGCCGACCUGAUCAUUGUGCUUUCUCGCCGCGAAUGGAUAGAUUUCAGCAAACCGGGAAACCAAGUUGUAGCCAAAUUCUUCGCGAAUGCUGGAUAUACAGAUCACGGGAGGUACAAAUUGUUCUUUCACCAAUUGCUACUUAGCAUAGAACUUGACCUGAGAAUACACUCCAAACAGCAUAGCGAAGCAGCAAAAGCGCAACUGCUUUCACAACUUCCCCCAUCUAUUUCCUGGAAUCUCGCUCUCGCAAGAAGAUGGAGAGAAUCUAUGAUAAUCGAAAAGUUCGUUACGGGCGCCAAUCCUGAAGAAAUCAAAUUUCGGCUGAAAUCAAAAAAGCUUCAAGUGAAGUCGUUGCACAGAUUUUCGCGAGCCAUGAAAUGGCCUAAUCUUGCCCAAGUUGACAAAACUCUGAGGGAACUCGAUCCAAAUGCUGAACGGUUGGAGGAUCGAAGCUCAGAUGCUAUGUCAUACUUUACAGGAAUGAUUCUACCUGGAACCACACUUCCUUGGCUCAUUAUGAAUACUCUCAUCGACUGCGACGAUGGCAUCGAAGCCAACGCUUUGGCAGCAUUAACACACAUACACCCCAACAGCGGCUUCCAAUAUCGUGGUACGACUUACUGGUCUAGUACUUCGAUCGUCGGCAAAGUCCUUGCUCCAACGUGUCGCGAGAUCGCUGGCUGGGUCGGCCCGGUGCGUCCAACAGCGGAUCUUCCACGUGUAGGCAUAGCACGUAUUCGGCAAAGGCGCCCUAAACAAGUUCUAACCCCUAAAGAUGUGACAACUAUGAUGGAACGAUCAGAUCCUCUGGGACCACCAGCAGACUCCUAUCCGGUCGAAGAGUACAAACUCCUCUUCCCAGAUGAAGACGACUUAGUUGACAUUGUCCGAGUCGAAACCCUGUCUUUGAAAGCAGCCUCAAUAACCCCCCCAGGUGCGGCAGCAGAUGGACGACCACUCGUCUACGAUUCUUGCGUACAGUUUGCCAUUGAUGGGAAGUCUUGGCCCCUGAGACUGACCUACGAUGUCUCCUUCAUAUUUGCGUGUCCUUGUGCUCGUGGCCCUCAUCCACUCUUCUUCGAUUAUGUUUACAAAGAAAUUAACGUUUCUGAGAUUCUGAAUAUCCGCGAUUGGGGAGGCACUUACAGUCGGUCGGGUAGUGUAGGAUCAAAGCAAGAGUCGGUAUCUAAUACUGGUGACGAUGAUUCUGAAAGGGUGCUUGUGGUAAAUGCGUUUGGAGUGGCUGAUAACGAGGUAUUGGCUAGAGCAUGGUGUAGUCACUGGGGGCUGAGUGCUGUCGUUGCGGAUGUAGAGAAGACAUGCAUGGCAUGUGCAAUUCGUGAAGCAUAUGCGGCAUGUGUCAAUGUCUGUAUCCUUGUCGAGGGUAUGGAUGAGUAUGAUGACGACUGGCGAUGA